UUAUCUUUUUCUUUCUCCGAUCCUUUUUUUUAAAAAAAAAAUCAACAAAAAUAGUGUUUGAACCCUAGCUUUGGCUUCGGUGUGAACUUUAGACUUUUGGCAAAUCAGCAUGUUUUGUUCCAUGACAUAUACCUUUAGCGACAGGAAUAGGUUAAAGAAAAUGGUGUCCUUAAGAUUUAGUAGAGUUGUGCUUGUUCUGCUGCUCAUUUUCCUAUUGAUGAAGGAUUCUAAUGCUCAUACUUACCAAGUACUUAGGCCAAAAACUGUGGCUGAUGAAGCUGAAAAUGGUUUUACCAUGGCAGGAAGGAGAUAUCUGAGUGAGAAAGAAUGGAGGUCCUUGAAAUAUUUUCAAGACGUGGAAAAAGUUGAAGACAAAAUGAAGAUUAAGGAAAAUUCAAUCAAGAAAUCAGGUGGAAGUGCAACACAUGACUCUGUUGGCAAUUCAUAUAGAGGCAAUUUCAUGGCUUUGAUCAGUGCUGAUUAUCACAUGACAAGACAACACCCUUCUAAGAAUAAUUAAGCUUGAGAAUAAACUCUAGACUAUUGUGGGAUUAGAGAUAUUAUGUUUUCUUUUCUUUGGUUAUAACAUGUUCUUGUAAAAAGGGGACAGUAUAUAGAAAAUCAAGCAAAAACAUAUAUCUAUCUUCUGAAAAGGGAUAGUGAAUUUGAUCAGCUUCUUAAAGCGAAUAAGAUCUUCGGAAUCAA